AAGAAUGUCAGAACAAAUUAUCGCUUGUUGGAACUGAGACACUCACUGAUUCAAAUGCUCAGCUGUCAUUAUUAAUUAUGCAAGUGAAAUGUUUGACUGCUGAACUCAGUCAAUGGCAGAAAGAAACUCCUGAAAUGAUUCCACUGAAUGAAGAAGUUCUGGUAACAUUAGGAAAAGAAGAGUUCCAGAAAUUGAGACAUGAUCUUGAAUUGGCACUAUCUACUAUUCAGUCAAAGAAUGAAAAGUUAAAGGAAGACUUAGAAAGGGAGCAAAAAUGGUUGGAUGAACAGCAACAGAUAUUGGAAUCUCUUAAUGUACUACACAAUGAUUUGAAACAGCAGGUUGUGACAUUUUCUGAAUCAAGAAUCUUUAAUGAGCUGAAAACGAAAAUGCGUGAUAUAAAAGAAUAUAAGGAGAAACUCUUGGUUACCUUGGGUGAGUUUCUAGAAGACCAUUUUCCUCUGCCUGAUAGAAAUGUUAAAAAGAAAAAGAAAAACAUUCAAGAAUCAACUGCACAGCUGAUAACACUGCAUGAAAUGUUAGAGAUUCUUUUAAAUAGAUUAUUUGAUGUUCCACAUGACCCAUAUGUCAAAAUUAGUGAUUCUUUUUGGCCACCUUAUAUUGAGCUACUCCUGCGUAAUGGAAUUGCCUUGAGACAUCCAGAAGAUCCAACCCGAAUAAGAUUAGAAGCCUUCCAUCAGUAAAAAGAUGGUCUUUUUUUCACACGUACUUAAAGAAUCUUGUCAUUCAAGGAUAAUGGAAACACUGAGAAUUACUUGGAUAAGGAACAUUAUUUGCAAAUCAAAGCACAUAGUCCAUCUUCCUUUUGUGCUUAAAAUGACUCAUGCUGCCAUCCACUAUUCAUUUAAAAAUGGUCCUUUCACAGUCAGUCAUUGCUUUGGUAUUUUCAACUGGGUGGACAAAAAUGCAAGUGAAAAAAAUUCUAGACUUAAUUAUUACAAAACUUUAAAUAUACCUUACUUCUGCAAUAUUCUUUGGAAAAUUCGUUGUUAAUUUAUGGUAUUGAUAAUGUAAUAUUUUUCUUUUAAAAUUUAUGACAGUUUCUUUUAUGCAUUUGAUUUCCAUUUGGUGCUUACAUCCUUUAAAUUUACAAAUUGUAAUGGAAAGGCCAUUUAAUUUACAGGAGGUUUAAAAAUUGACUUAGUAUCUUAAUGUAGAAGGAAGCACAAUUUAAAAGUAUUUAGUAAAUCUGUUCCAUGUAUAAUGCCAUAUUUCUAGAUUUGUUAAAAAUUGGAAUGUUAAAAAAACUAAUGGAUAAAGGUAGCAUGAAAACUAUAUUUUAAAGUGUAUUAUAUUACAAGUGAUAAUAUAUAUUAAAUCAUUCUUGAUUCUGUUAAUUAUUACUAACAAUACUGUGUUCAUAAAAUUUCGUUAAUCCUCUGUGACUUUUCUGUAAAUAAAAUUCUCAUUUAAAAACCUCU